AGGAUUCUCAUGUUCUUCCCCUUUCCCUUCUCUCUCUAUCUUCCUUCCUCUUCCUUCCACUUUUGUUUCCUUUUUCUUGCUGCCACUGCUAAGCAUCUUUAGUCUUUACCUCUCCCACCACUUUUGUUAUCUUUCCCUUCAUCACUCUCCCUCUUUUUUCUUUUCUUUUUUAUUCAUCUGGGGUUGUUCUUUCUUUCCUAAUUUCUAAGCUCAAAUUUUUUCUGGUAUAUUUCUCUCCCUUUCUCAGCUCAACUCUCUUUCUUCCACUCAUAAUUCGUCCUUUUAUUCUUUCCUUAGUUCAGCAAUUGUUUGUUUGAUCAUAAAGUUCCAACCUUUUUACUCUUAAUUGAGUAGUUUUCACUUCAAUUGUGCUAAAAUUUCCAACCUUUUUUUUUUUUUUUUUUUUUUAAAUUUUUACCCAGAAAAAAGGAGAAUUCUCCCCCUUUAAAGUUCUGUGUUCUUCUUCAAUUUCAAUUUUCUUCAGUACCCAGAUUUAAUUUGUUGUACAAUGUUUCCUCCUUUUCUAUAAGAAUUUACCCAGAAAGAGGGGAAUUCAUUGUUUCCCAUCUUUUGGCUUUUCUGAGGGGUGAAUUUCUGCAGAAAUCUGGGUUUUUUGGGUGAAUUUGUGCUGAUUCAAUGGGACUAUGUCAUGCAAAACCUAUCAAAAUCCCAGAAACCCAGUUUGAAAGUGAUGGGAUAAAUGGGGAAAUCCAACCCCAAAAUGGUGGAACUGGGAAAACCCCUAAAUUCCCAUUUUACAGCCCAAGUCCAUUGCCAAGUGCCUUUAAGAACUCCCCUGCAAAUUCCAGUGUAACAUCAACUCCUCUUAGGUUCUUUAAGCGUCCCUUUCCGCCCCCGUCUCCGGCGAAGCACAUUCGGGCCUUGCUGGCACGAAGACAUGGUUCAGUAAAGCCUAAUGAGGCCUCAAUCCCUGAAGGGAGUGAGUGUGACAUUGGAUUGGAUAAGAAUUUUGGGUUUUCAAAACAAUUUGCAAAUCAUUUUGAGCUUGGUGAUGAAGUAGGGAGGGGGCAUUUUGGGUAUACUUGUUAUGGUAAAGGCAAAAAAGGCAGCUUGAAGGGCCUUGAUGUUGCUGUCAAAGUCAUCCCCAAAGCAAAGAUGACAACAGCAAUUGCAAUCGAGGAUGUCAGAAGAGAAGUAAAAAUAUUACGAGCACUUACUGGCCAUAAGAAUCUAGUGCAGUUCUACGAGUCUUAUGAAGACGAUGACAAUGUUUAUGUUGUGAUGGAGCUGUGCCAAGGUGGUGAAUUGUUGGACCGCAUACUUUCAAGAGGUGGAAAAUUCUCAGAAGAAGAUGCAAAGGCUGUCAUGGUCCAAAUUUUGAGUGUUACCGCCUACUGUCAUCUUCAAGGUGUAGUUCACCGAGACCUCAAACCUGAGAAUUUUCUGUUUACCUCCAAAGAUGAGAACGCCCCUCUAAAGGCUAUUGACUUCGGAUUGUCUGACUAUGUAAAACCAGAUGAGAGAUUAAAUGAUAUCGUAGGAAGUGCUUAUUAUGUAGCCCCUGAAGUUCUCCACAGAGCUUAUGGGACUGAGGCAGACAUGUGGAGCAUUGGGGUAAUUGCGUAUAUUCUUCUAUGUGGAAGCCGCCCCUUUUGGGCUCGUACAGAAUCUGGAAUUUUCCGAGCUGUCUUGAAGGCUGACCCUAGUUUCGAUGAAGCCCCCUGGCCUUCCUUGUCACCGGAGGCAAUCGAUUUUGUCAAAAGAUUAUUGAACAAGGAUUACCGAAAGCGAUUAACUGCUGCCCAGGCACUUAGUCAUCCAUGGCUUUCUGGAUUUCAUCAGGAUAUCAAGAUCCCUCAGGAUAUGAUAGUGUACAGGCUUGUAAGAGCUUACAUAUGCUCAUCUUCUUUGCGGAAAGCAGCUCUUGGGGCUCUUGCAAAGACAUUAACAGUGCCUCAGUUGGCUUAUAUGAAGGAGCAAUUUCAGAUGCUAUCUCCAAGCAAAAAUGGUUACAUAUCAAUGCAAAAUUUUAAGACAGCUGUAUUGAGAACUGCUACGGAUGCUAUGAAGGAUUCUCGAGUUAUUGAAUAUGUUAACCUGGUUAGCUCUAUUCAGUACAGAAAGAUGGAUUUUGAAGAAUUUUGCGCUGCAGCUAUAAGUGUGCAUCAAUUAGAAGCAAUGGAAACCUGGGAGCAACAUGCACGACGUGCUUACGAGCUCUUUGAGAAGGAUGGCAACAGACCAAUAAUGAUUGAAGAAUUGGCCUCGGAACUUGGGCUUAGUCCAUCAGUGCCGGUGCAUGUGGUUCUUCAAGAUUGGAUUAGACACUCUGAUGGAAAACUUAGUUUUCUCGGGUUUGUUAGACUUCUACACGGAGUCUCUUCUCGCACAUUUCAAAAGGCAUUACCGGCUUAAGAACACUUCUAUUGUCCGAGUUUCUUUAUCGAUCCAUCUUUUCUUAAGAUGAAAGGUUGGAAGCUCGGCUGCAGAGGGUCACGUUAAUGUUAACCCAUAUAUCUGACCACUAAUGAGCUUCCGCAAGCUCCUGCACAAUUUCAGUCUUUUUCUUUCUUGAAAAAUCAAUCAUCUAGGAUAGUGUUUGCUGGAACUUUGGAAAGGUAGAGAAAUGUACAGAUGAGAUUUAGGUUAUUUAGAGUAGUGAAAUAUUAAGGUUUUGUUUGGCAUAUGUACGUGUUUUUCUCAAUAAUUGGGGGUUGGGGGGGAAAUGUCAAAUGUGUGUGAUCAAGUCAGUAGCAAAAUGAAAAGGAUACUGACCGACGUAUAAGCUGAAGAUGAUCUGUAGCAUAUUAUUAUGUAAUGAGAAUGUUGCUUUUGUAUUUUGCUUAUACUAAAUAUACUUAGCUUUGUCA